AUGGCGCGGAAACAGAACCAGGCGCGCUUCCCGCUUGCGCGCAUCAAGAAGAUUAUCCAGGCAGAUGAGGACGUCGGAAAGGUCGCGCAAGCCACGCCGAUCGUUGUCUCCAAAGCGAUCGAACUUUUCCUCGCUAGCCUUGUCGAGUCGUGUGUAAAGGACGCAGAGGAGCGCGGGAGCAAGAAGCUGACCCCUUACGGGCUCAAGCGCGCGGUCACCAACAACGCCAUGUUCGACUUCUGCUCCGACAUCGUCGAGGGUAUUCCCGACCCGCUUGAGGGCGAGGACGAGGAGGGCGGAAAGAAGAAGCGCAAGAAGGCGCCGGCUGGAGAGGGAGGAGCGGCGAAGAAGAAGGGCAAGAAAGCUGUACCGAAGGACGAGGAUGACGAGGAAGAGGCGCGCGAGACGGACGAGGAGGACAAGCCGGCGGCGAAGGGCAUCAAGUUUGACGACGAGGAGUACGAAGAAGAGUGA